AUGGCGGGAGCGCGGCUGCUGCUGGCGGGUCUGUUCCAUAUUUGGGGAGGGGUCGCGGUUUUUGGGGAGCCGCCCCCCGCCCUGCGCUGCCCCCUGCUGGACCGGCGCGGCGCCCCCUCCCCCCGCGGGGCCCUGCUCCGCUUUUUGGGGGGUCCCGGGGCCCCCCCGCACCCCGAGACCCCCCCGGACCCCCAGAACACCUUCGACGUCAUCGACGCUCUGGGGGUGCUGCAGGGUUUCUGGGGUCCCUCGUUGGCGCCCCCCCGGUGCGAGCUGAGCCCCACGGAGCCGCUGCUGCCGCCGCCCCCGGGGCCGUCCCCGCGCUGCCACCCGGGGCUGGGCACGCGCUGGUGGCUGCUGGCCCUGGGGACACCGCAAAGGGAGGGGACGGUGCUGCUGCACCAGGUGACAACGGCGGGGGACACGGCCAGGGUCAACGCCUCCCUGGCCAUCUCCACGCUGACCCCGAGGCUGCGGGGGCUCCUGGGGACCCCCCAGACCCUGCACUGCUCCUUCACCCCCCCCGCCCCGGGGGUCCCCUUCACCCUGGAGUGGCUGCGGCACCGCGACGGCGCCACCCGGCGCCUGCUGGCCUUCGACUCGGCCGCCAACCGCGUCACCGAGGCGGCGCCGGGGCCGCCAGGGGGCGCUGUGCAGGUCUCUCUGCAGCUGCCGCCGCUCUCGGUGUCCGAUGACGGCUCCUUCAUCUGCUCCGUGGCCACGCCCCUCGGGCAGCUGCAGCAGGUGCUGCACAUGAACGUGAUUGCCCCUCCCCAGGUGUCCCUGGUCCCCUCCGUGCUGUCCCCGGGUGUCCCAGCCCGGCUCCGCUGCGACGCCGUCGGGUUUUUCCCUCUGGACGUUGGGAUCCGCUGGGAGCGCCAGGCCCGGGGGGACCCGCGGCCACGCCCGGUGACACCCGAGGGUGCCACCGCCGCCGCCGCCCCUGGGGACAGUGCCAGCAGCCCUGGGGACAGUGCCAGCAGCCCUGGGGACGGCGCCGCGGGGCUGAGCUGGAGCUCGGGGCACCGGCGCGCGGCCGACGGCACCUUCAGCCGGAGCGCGGGGCUGAGCGUGGCCGCGGGGACAGCGGGGGACAGCUACAGCUGCCUGGUGACACACGCGGCGUGGGACGCGCCACUGAGGGUCACCGUGGACACUGGGGACAUUGGGGACAGGGUUUGGGACAUUGGGAACCCACCUGGGAUGGGGUUUGGGGACAGCUCCAGCUGCCUGGUGACGCACGCGGCGUGGGACGCGCCACUGAGGGUCACCGUGCAGGUGGCAGGUGACAGCGGGCCCAGCGUGGAGGACAUGGCGGGGAUGGCCCUGGUGGCCUUUGUCAUCGGGGGGCUCUGCCAGCGCCUGUGGCCCUCGGCGGGGAGGUGACACCCGUGGCACCGAUGUCACC